AUGCUUUUGACGUCAGACCACGAUAUUUCGUCAUCACUGACAGUCCAAACGCUUUACAAAGACCACCCCUGGCUCCUAAAAGCCUUAAACACCUCCCUCGAAACCGCCGUCCAACUCAUCGACACGGGACCCGUGUGGCAGCUCCCCCACGACGUCAAGUGGAACUCAAAAAACCUCAAAUUCACAAAAGAUUACGACCUCCAAAACUGUCUCAAUAUCCACGAAGUAGCAAUCGUAGUAACCCUAGUUAAGGCCUUAUUAAAGGGCGGCGUACCCACCAGCAGCAUUGGCGUAAUCGCAACCUAUAGGGCCCAAGUGGCUCAGAUCUCGCAGUAUCUCGAAGAAAUGAGCGUCGAAGUGAGCACGGUCGACCAGUUCCAAGGACGCGACAAAAACGUGGUGAUUUAUUCGUGUACGAAGUCGGCAGAUGGCGCCAAAGGGAGCAAAGACACCUCGAAAUUCGAAAUAUUAGAGGACAAAAGACGUUUGACUGUUGCCAUCACGCGAGCCAAACGCAAACUGUUAAUAGUCGGUGACGUCACUACUCUCCAAAGACUGUCAACUUUCUCGAAAAUCCUGCCGGCGCUCGAGAAAAACACCAUCAAGUUCGAUUCUUCGUGGCCAACGGUGUUCAAUUCGCUUCAUUAAGAUUUUUUACGUUUUAUACUAUUCAAAUAAAGUCAUGUUAUUUUUA